ACCACCGCACCGGUUCGUGGCAGAAAAAAAUCGAACUGCGUCAAGAUUUUCCCUCAGCAGCGUUUUUGAUUCGGAAGCAUUUUGCCGUGAAAAUCGGUGAAAAAGUGUGCAUUUCGCGAAAAAAGUUAUCUCCAGUUGUACAAUUCGGUGCCGGGAACGAAAGAGAGCCAAAAUUGAACUGUUUCGGUCGUGAUUCGUGGGUGAAAAGUUGUUUACAAAAGUGCCCGAAAAUUUUGCUUCGGGAGGAUUGAGUCUCCUCUUUUUGCAUCGGCCUCCUCCCGUUUGGGGACGGCUGGCUAAGUGUUUGAGUGUGUUGGUGGUUUUCCCGAUUUCGCCGUGCGUUAUUCCAUUGAGAUUACUAUAUUUAGUGUACUCCGGUCAGAAACCUAGUGAUGAAAGUGCUUACCGACGAUGCUGGUCGAAAUGGAUUGCUGUCCGUGAAGUUUGAGUUUUCGCAGUGGUUGGCAUUGUUGCCGUCUCAUUAUACGUGUCGCCGCCUCACAGCCCAGGACGAUGAGUGUGAACGAUGAAAGUGGACCGGCGAACGAAUCUGUGGCUAGCACUUCCGCUGGAGUAACUUCGGCAACGGCAGGAACGGCCACAGCUACCAGCGCCUUGGAGAAUCUUAAGAUACGGGACGAUCUGUUCAAGAGUGUCAAGUGCUUCGUUACCGGAACGCUAGAUCCGAAGAUCGCCAAAUUACUUGAAGAUGGCGGCGCAUCAAUCUCCUCGUAUAUGGAUUUUAUUACGCACGUAAUUUGUGGCGCAAAUUACGAUGAAAACGAUAUAACACAAGCGGCGGAACUGUACGACGUUCCAUCAGUAACAGAAGCGUGGGUUCUAGCAUCGAUCCGCCUCGGUCGUCUGGUGUCAACAAAGGCCUAUUUCCCGCUGAAGUCAGCACUGUUCAGCAAUCUCACAUUUGCCGCAACUCAGCUGGACAACCGUGAUCUGAAGAAAUUGUACGCUAUUAUCACCUUCAACGGAGGUAACGUGCGGAAUCUGUUUGACAAGCAGACAACUCACCUCAUCAGUGGAAACACCAAAGGGUCGAUCUACGCUAAGGCUAUCACCGUUACCGACGUAGCCGUUGUCACUCCAGAUUGGGUUACUGAGUGUCUGAAGGUGAAGAACCUCGUAGCAAGUGAAUCCUAUCAUCCACGAUUGGUUAUCACUCCACGAAUAUUUAAACAAGUGCAACGCCCUGCAACUCCCGCUCAAAAAGCGGAACCAGAAAAAGCUCUAUCCAAUAUAAUUGGAUUCGAUUUCGAAGAAAAUCUUGCCAAGACUGAAGUUCCGACAAGUAGCAACACAAAGAAAGAAGAAGAAAUCCCAGUGACACAAGGUCUCUCUGUGAAUCAAGAACCUCAGAAAGGACCUACGACCCCAGUUCAAGCGGUACCAGUUCAGCAACCAGCACAACCUCAUUCUCAACAGCAGCAACAGUCUCCCCAGCAGCAGAUACAGCCGAAUUUCCAGAAUUCGCAGCAAACAUCUGGGCCAAGACUCGUUCGGCCACCAGGUUCUCAACAAGCACAACUUCAACAACAUUUGCAACAACAACAGCAGCAGCAUCUACAGCAACACAUAAUACAACAGUCGUCGCAGAAUCAGAACAGACCUAGCGGACCCAUCAAUCAAGUUGUGCAACAGCAGCAAAUUCUCAUCCAAAAUCAACAAACAUCUCAACAACAACAACAGCAGCAACCAAUACAGUUUCAACAGCAACAAUCUCAGUUGCAAGUCCAGCAACAGUUUCAAAAGAUUACAAUGCAGCAGUCGCAGAAUACUCAGCAACAGCAUCAGCAGCAGCAACAACCGAUACAACAAGUUCAAUUACAACAGCCAUCACAGCAAACGCCGCAACAACCAUCUCAGCAGAUUGCCAAUCAAGGGCAACAGCAACCGCAGCAACAACAGCAAGUUUCACAACCACAUCCACAACAGCAACAUAUUCCUCAACAGCUCCAACAGCAGCAAAUUUCACAACAACAACUUUCGCAACAGCAGCAGCAGCAGACCAUUCAAGGACAAAGUAUUGUUUUACAACAAACUUUACAUCAACAACAGCAGCCGCAACAGCAUCCGCCUCAACAAAUACAACAACAGCAAUCACAACAGCAGAUGCAGCAACCAAAUCAACAAUUGCAGCAACAACAACAACAGCAAUUGCAACAGCAACAAAUACAAAUUCAACAGCAACAGCAGCAGCAGCAGCAGCAGCAACAACAACAACAGCUCCAAAAUGUCCAACUUCAGCAACAACAGCAUCAGCAAAUGCAGCAGAUACAGCAACAAGUCUUGCAGCAACCCAAUCAGGUUCAGCUACAGCAACAGAAUUUGCAACAGCAAACCUUGCAACAACAAGUACAGCACAACGUCAAUCAAAUACAGCAGAAAAUGGCACAGCAACAACUGUUGCAACAGCAGCAAAAGCAAAUGCAACAACAGCAGCAGCAGCAACAACAACAACAACAACAGCAAAUCAUUCAGUCUCAGCAGCAAGAGCAAGUACUGCAUCAACAUCAGCAACAGCAGUCUGUUCAAUCCCAGCAGCAGCUGAUUCAGCAGAAUCAAAUAUCCAUGCAACAAGGACAACCAAAUCAGCAGAUAAUACAGCAGGUUAUUCAGCAGCAACAGGCCGGUCAACCAAAACAGAACAUCCAGGUCGUGUUCAAAGGUGGCCAAAACCUUCAGCAACAACAGCAAACCCAACAACAACAGCAAAUCCAACAAAUCAUGUCAAACCUUACCGCGGGCGUGGAAGGACCAAAUGGGCCGCAGCAAAUCCAGCAGCAAAAGAUAAUUCGUCAGAUAACUAUCAAUCAGGGACCUCCCACGAGCAUGCAACAGCAGCAGCAACAACAACAGCAGCAAAUGCAACUUGGGCAGCCACAGCAGCAACAACAGCUUCAGAUCAGCCAACAGACGAUACAACAGCUUCCGGGACAGCAACCUGGUCAGGUUCAGCAGCAGCAGCAACCCGUAAUGAUACAGCGGACGCUGUCUCAACAGCAGAUUACCCAACCUGGUCAACCGGCUGGUCAAGGUGGCCAGAUGAUCCAACAGCAGAACAUCCAGCAACUUCCGGGUGGUCUUGGCCAGCAACCAAAAAUUAUCCAACAAACCAUCAUUCAUCCUUCUUCUUCCGGAAACUAUCAAAAUAUAACAAAACAGCUGAUAGUGGGUCAACCUCAGAAUCAACAACAACAGCAGCAGCAACAACAAUCGCAACAACAGCUUCUACAGCAACAGCAAAUGCAAAAGCCUGGUGGUUCUGGAUUGCAACCGGGUCAGCAGCCUCAACAACAGCAGAUUGUGCAGCGCAUUGUGCAGCAACAGGUGUUGCAAGGGCCUUCAACCAGUGGUCAACCUGGAGGACAACCACAAAAUAUUGUCAUUAUCAAUCAGGGCGGCAAUCAGCAGCAAAUCAUUACUUCCUCCUCGGGACCUCUUCCGGGUCAAAUGCAAGCCAUGACUCAACAGCAACGAAUCCAAUACAUGCAAAAUUUGCAGCAGAAGCAGCAACAACAGCAAGGUCAGCAAAUCAUCGUUAGUGGGGCUGGUCCAGUUCCGGGACAGCCGCAAAAUCAACAAAUGCUCCAACAACCAGUCCAAUCCGGCUCUGCAAUGGGACAAAACAUUGUUCAAAUUCAGCAACGAACUUUGCAACAACAGGGCAUGCCAGGUCCGCAACAGCAACAACAACAGCAAAUUAUGACACCAGUUGGUCCUGGAAUGAUGUCUGGUCCACAACAGGGUCAGCAACAACAACAACAGCAAACCAUUGUAGUCCAACAGCAAAUGGCACCCAAUCAACAGCAAACCAUUAUUCAGCAGCAAAUGCUAUCGCAACAACAGCAGCAACAGUCCCAACAACAACAGUUGAUUAUUCAGCAACCGAUCCAGGGCGGACAAACUGGCCAACCCCAGCAGCAAAUCAUCCAACAAACGCUGUCAACCAGUGGAGGAACAGUUCAUCAAUUGCUCCAGCAACCAGGUCAGCAAAAUAUCCAAGGCAUGGUGGUACAACAGCAAAUUGUUGGUCCAGGAACACCACAAACGCAACAAUCUAUGGAUGGCGGACAAAUACUGACACAGACAGGUCCCAAUGGUGAAAUCAUUCAGCAGCAGUUGAUAUCCGGGCAAUCCACGGGUCAACAACAACAAUGGACCCCUCAAAGUCCUAUUCAGCAGUCAAAUCAACCGAAUCAGUCACCAAUUCAGCAGUUUUCCCAACCGCCACAAGGAAUCCCUCCUGGUGCCACGAUCAUUCAGCAAACGAUCGUUCCACCUGGAGCUGCAGUUCCUGGACAACAAGUAUCCGGUCAACCGGGUGGACAGUUCGUUAGAUCUACGUUAAGACCUCAAGUUCAGAGACAGUUCAUCCAGUUAGAUCCGCAAACGCAUGCCACUUUGCAAAAGCUGGAUCCUGCUAGCCGCCAGGAGUACAUUGAUCGUUUGCAAGCGAAGCAGCGUCAGAUGUUGAGGCAACAGCAAGCUGCUGCUUUCCAAGCAAGACCAGGCCAUCCCGGAGCUCAACCAGGCAUUCGUCAGCAGCAGAUCAUCUACAGAGGUCCUAUGCCACCAGGAUUGAAUCAGCAACAGCAAAUGCAGUGGAUUCAGCAGCAAACUGCUCGACAAGGAGCUGUUCGUCCAGGAGCACCAGGACUUAGCCCAAUCACUCAACAAAAUGUGGUUCCUCCGGGCAGCCCUAUGAAUCAGUUCCCUGUGGAUCCAAACGUUUCGCCUCAGCAACAGCAGCGAAUGCAACUUGAGCGCCAGCAACAACAGCACCGACUCAUUCAAAUGCAGAUCCAACGUGAGCAAGCUCAAAAAGGCGUCCCUGGGCAACCCCAACAAGGUCAGGCAAUUUCCCCUCGAGGAGCUGGCGCAUUUCCUUCGGAUGUAAUUGGUGACGGAACGGCCACUAUUGUUCAGCAAACAAUUGUGGGACCACCAGGUGCUGGUCAGCCUCAAGAUCCCAAUGUUCCACCGGGAUCGCAACAAAUGAAGAACCAAACUAAAACUGCUUUAGCCAAUAUGCUGAGCAAUCGCCUUGGAGCUAAUGGCAGCGUAGUUCCUAAUAUCCCGGAAGUAGCUGCGGCUGCUGAACCAUCUGCUGCUGGAACUCUGCGAUUGAUGACUGCUCAGCACAAUGCAGCUCUACAGCAAACCAUGACUCCUCGUUCACCCCAAGAAUUACUAGCUCUACAGCAGCAGCAGCAACGUCGUACUCUGGGUAACAUUACCAACUCGGGAGCUCCUGUAGGUACAGUUGUGAAUCAAAUCGUUCAGCAAGUACCUCCGGGAACCCCUGGAAUUCCACAAUCUCCUUCCACUAUGAAGGGUGCUCCGCCCUUUAGCCCCGGACGAGCCCCACUGCCAAGACCGCAAUACUACGGACACAAUCCGAACCUUAAACUACACCCGGAGCUGUUCUUGCUGGGUUGCACCUUCUUCAUAAUUGAGUACGACGAAACUCACAAAAACGAUAUCGAAGACUGGAAAACGGUAAUCAAGAAACAUGGCGGCGAAAUAGAGCAGUACUAUAGCCCCAAAGUUACGCAUGUCCUCUGUAGAACGCAGCGCCAUGGUGUCGUUAUGCAGGCCAUUCGCGACUCCAAACGGUGCAUCACUAGCUACUGGCUAAACGACAUUGUCCUGCAGAAACAACUGCUCCCACCGUGGCAAGCUCUCCAUCUGCCGACGCCUUCCAUCUUCGGUAACCAGAAACCGGCCACCAAACACAACAUGUCCAUCACGGGCUUCGAAGGCGAAGAGCGUCUCCGCAUAAAACAGAUGAUCGAAGAAUCGGGAGCCAAGAUGACACCGUACUUCAGCAAAUCGAACACCGUGCUGAUCUGCAAACGGAUCGACAAUCAGAAGUAUAAGUACGCCAAGGAGUGGAACAUUCCGACGGUUAAUACGGUCUGGCUGAGUGAUAUUCUUCUGGGCAAUCUGACCGCGAUGCAGCAGUGCGACGGGCCCAAGUAUCAGCAGUUCAAUCUGAAUUCUCCGUUCCGGAUCGAUUACAACCUGGUCAUGCAUUUGAUGACUGCUUGGAAAUCUCCGAUCAACCUAACUCCGGAAUCUCACGAACGAGUCAAACGUAGUCUUUCGGAACCACCCCAGCCGGCAACGGCUGUGAAGAAGUUGCGCACUCUGCCCCCGCUGGAACCGAUUCCGGCCGAGAUUAUAUGCCAACGGCAACCGGACGCCGAUAGUAUACCAAAUAUCCUGUUCUCGCAGAUCGAUAACACCGAAGGCUUGACGAGGGCUGUCAUGACUCUUGGAGGUCGCAUUGCCAGUGGCCCGGCAGACGCAACUCAUCUGGUAAUGACAAGGGUGGCGCGAACGGUUAAACUGGUAACCGCAUUGAUCACGGUUCGGUAUCUAGUUUCAAGCAAGUGGAUCACCGACAGCGCCAUAGCUGGCCACUUCCUGCCCAUCGAACCGUACAAACUGGACGUGAAAGAGCUGGACGAAAUGUUCAAGUGCGAUCUGUACAAGGUGCUCGAAUCGCCCAACCGCAGGAAGCUCUUCGAAGGUAAGAUUUUCUUCAUUACACCUCAGGUGAAGCCAUCCAGCAAGGAUGUAAAACAAAUGAUUGAACUGAGCGGCGGAGUGGUGGAAAAGAAUCCUCGUUCAGUGAAGAAAAUCCGUGAAACAAAUCUGGAGAAACCGGGCAGUUAUGUGAUCAUUGGCUGUCCGGAAGAUCGGAUCUUUAUCCAACCGUUCAUCCAGAAAGGCAAACACGGUGCGUGUCAGAUCUGUACGACCGAGUACGUAAUGCAGUCAAUUCUGCUACAGAAAUUGACCAUUGAACCGCAUAUUAUCAAGUGGGAACUCGGUUCUUAAAAGUGUAGUGGAUGGGUUUGUGUGGCAUGGAAAGCAAUAAAACAGGUGUGUUAAAUGCGCUAUACUAUAGUGGGCAACAUUGGUACAGAGUGUAUUAUUGUAGAGGUUACAGAUCUUGGAAACUAUAAGAGCUAUAUGAAUGAACUUAUCGAGUUUACGUGGAAAAUUAUUUAUAGUUACUAUAUCGAGCGGAUAUAUUUUCAAAGAACGCUAUAUCUUAUGUGUAUAAAGCUGACAGAAGUAUAAUUGUAAUUUAUGGAGCAAAUGCAACGCAGGUUCGAAGUAAUGCUUUUGAUCGAAGAUUUAAAGUAAAUAUACAUACAUACGAGACAGUAGAAUUCACGAGUGCAUUUUAAUACCCCUGUAGGAGAGUACGUACAAUAUGAGCCACACACAUACAGUAUAUAUUAAAAAACAUACCCCUUAGUCAGAUAUAUUAAGAAUUCGAACUACUUGGGUUGACAAACUCAAAAGCGAAUUGAAUGCAGAAAUAUGACGCUAAAUUAUCAAAUCAA